UCGCCAGUAGUGACAGGACAGGCUCUCUACAACUACACAACCGAGAGAUGACCGCACACAUUAGGUAGUUUGAUAGCUUUCUAGCUAGCUAGCUUUUGAUUGUUUCAACUGUUUCUACAUAGUUUUAUUGAUUUGGCAACCGUGCUUGGUGGAGUGAUAGGUUGUUACGUCUGUAAUGUAAUAACAGUAGAAGAGCUAUGUGAGUCCCCCGACCACCUAGUCCAGCAGCAGCAGAUCCUCAGUUAGCUACAGUAGUACCUCAGUGUGCCUCAGUGCCCAACUCUCUCUCUCUGUAGGGCUGUGGGGUAAGGGUGAUGUCAGAGGGCCUGGGGCCAGAGGGGGGGCACUCACAGCCUGCCCCCACCAUCACUGUUCAGGACCUGUCAGACAGACCUGCACAUACACCUCUGGACAGGAUCCCACCUGCGCACACACUUCUGGAUGGGAACACGCCUGUGGAGCAGGUGUCAGGAGUGGUGGAGGAGACCUCCCCUUCCUCCACUUCCUCCUUCGAGUUGGUUGACAUGGAGCCAGCCCCGCCCCUGUACCAGCCCGUGCAACCCCAUUGGUUCUACUGUCGCCGUGUCGACUCCAAGGAUGUGUGGCUCCCUUUCAGCAGAGAGGACUCGGAGAGACUGGAACAUGCCUUGUCUACCGCAGGAGAGGAGGAGGUGGUGGUGGCAGUAGAAGGGGAGAGGUAUGACGUGCGUGUUCGGGAGCGGCAGAGGUAUGCGGUGUACUGGGAGCAGGGCCCGUCAGAGGUGCGACGCUGUACCUGGUUCUAUAAAGGAGAUAAAGAUACCAGAUACAUGCCCUACCCGGAGGAGUUCAGCACCAACCUGGAGGAGGCCUAUAUGAUAGCAGUGACUCUAGAUGAGUGGAAGAGGAAGCUGGAUUUUCCUUCAGGAGAGACAGUCAUCCUGCACAACCCUAAACUGAUCAUGCAGUACCAGCCAAUCACGUUGCAGGACGAGUGGGUCUCCUCUCCCUCGGAGCAGACUCGCCCACGUACUGUCAAGAGGGGUGUCGACAACAUCACAACAGAGAUACCUGACGGUGAACCAGAGACAAUAGAUCACCUGGUAUUCAUGGUUCACGGCAUCGGCCCCGCCUGUGACAUCCGCUUCAGAUCUAUCAUACAGUGUGUGAAUGACUUCAGGAGUGCGUCCCUAUCCCUACUGGGGAGCCAUUACAGGAGAGGCCAGGAGGAGGGCAGGGUGGGCAGAGUGGAGUUCCUACCUGUCAACUGGCACAGCGCACUACACGGAGACGCCACUGGAGUAGACACGGACAUUCAGAGGAUCACUCUCCCCAGUAUCAGUCGUCUGAGACAUUUCACCAAUGACACUCUGCUCGACCUGUUCUUCUACAACAGUCCUACCUACUGCCAGACCAUAGUGGACACUGUGGCGUCCGAGGUUAACAAGCUCCACUCACUGUUCAAACACAGACACCCAGAAUUCACUGGAGCAGUGUCUGUGGUUGGACACAGCCUGGGCUCGCUGAUCCUGUUUGAUCUGCUGACCAAUCAGAAGACAGGAUCAGGAGAGGCAGACAGAGAUGAGGAUCGUAAACGUGACCCCUGCCCUCUGACCUGUGAUGCGUUGGAGCAGGCUCUAUGCAGAAUGGGCCUCCAGGAGCACCUGGCUACACUACAGAGCGUGGACCUAGACCUUGACUCACUGGCUAUGUGUGACGAAACUGACCUGACAGAGCUCGGAAUCCCUCUGGGACCGAGGAAGAAGAUCCUCAGCUUCAUACGGAAGAGACACUUCCUACAGGAGGGUCGGCAGGGAAUGGUGCUUUUGGCCCCCGGGCUGCAGGCCCUUCCAGACCCCUCCGAAGAUUCCCCCUCUCCCACGGUUAGCUUUGGCAACCAGUCUUCAGAGGCGUCAGCACGCCGACAGCAGUUUCUCAGAGCCCAGUCCAUAACCAGCGCCGUUGACUACGAAUACUUCGACGUGGGCAUUGGACAGACCAACGGGGGCAUAGCCAAGGGACAGGUGUCCAUUAACUACCCCCAGCUGGCAUUCCAUCCUCAGACCUUCUUUGCGUUCGGUUCUCCCAUCGGAAUGUUCCUGACCGUCCGUGGACUCAAACGCAUCGACCCAAACUACACCUUUCCCACCUGCAAGAACUUCUAUAACAUAUACCACCCUUUUGACCCUGUGGCCUAUCGGAUCGAGCCCAUGAUUGUGUCUGAGUCAGACCUAGAGCCCAUGCUGAUCCCACAUCACAAGGGCCGCAAGAGGAUGCACCUGGAGUUGAAAGAGAGUCUGACGCGGAUGAGUACUGAUCUGAAGAAUAACGUUCUCGGCUCGUUUCGUACUGCCUGGCAGUCUCUGGUCCGAAUGCCUGUCGCUGCACUGCCCCCUGUGGAGGAUGGAGAAACUACAGCAGAGAGAUCCCUGCAGGAGACAGAGACCCCUGCAGCAGCCUGCGCUGCUGUGAGGGAAAAGAGUAAGGCUGAUUUGUGGACUAAAAUUCUGGAGUGGCCCAAAGCCCUUCACUUACAUUACUUCCAAGGUGUGCAUGAAGAGGUGGAGUCUCCAGGGUCGGCGGAGGACAAGGGGCGUCAGGUGAAGGUGGGGAUGCUGAAUGGAGGGCGGAGGAUAGACUAUGUACUGCAGGAGGCGCCCAUUGAGAGUUUCAACGAAUAUCUGUUUGCCAUCCAGUCCCACCUCUGCUACUGGGAGUCUGAGGACACUGCUCUGCUGCUGCUAAAGGAGAUCUACGACAAACUGGGUGUGGCCUUUGAGCAACCACAGCAAUAACAAAGGCUUUAUAAACACAGAGACCGGUAUAGAGGCUUCAUAACAACACAUGAAUUCCGUGGAGAUGCACCAAUGAGGCCCUUUGCUUUAUUAGGAGCUGAAAGGAGUAAGGCAAGUAAGUCAGUAAAAACACAGAGAUAUAAAUAUUGAGUAACCACAGAGUUUUAAAGGCUUUAUAAACACACAGAGAGGGCUAUAAAGUCUUUAUACAUACACAGAGCGUUAUUUAUAAGUUACUAAAAUGUAAUGAAAGCAACAUGAAAAAGGACAUGCAGCCACUGCUCUCUCCCAGAAUUCCUUGUGUCUGAGCCUCACAAAACCGUUAAGUCACCUCCUCGGACAUAUGGCGUCUGCCUCUGAGUGUGUGUGUGUCAAGGGUGUGACAGAGAAGUGCUCCGUGAAGAACCAAACCUGUCCUAGCUGACAUGAAGAGGACUGGAGAACCCAUUGGAGAUGAGCUCUAUAGUGCAUUUCAAUCUCUGAAAUUUCUCGUCCUGUGACCACAUGGGCAGCAACAUUGAAUACUAUCCAAGUGAGCCCUCUACCCAUCUCUAUGGGAGAACCAUAGUGACUGGUUUUCCAUUUUCCUAAAACCACACUGAAGGAUCUGGGUUUGAGCCGCUGGAUCCUCCUGUUGAAGGGGCAGACUGCAUUUAACGUGUGUGUUUCUAAAGAAUCAGAUCCUGUUUGAUCAUGUCUGGAUCAUAACUUUUAUAUAUGUUAUUUUCAGGUCAUUUCUUUUUACUUGGUCUUAGACUUGACGUGUCCUAUAAUACAUUUACAACGACAGAUCAUGCAGGAUGAUGAUUCCUCUCCUGUGUGUUUGGUGCAUGUCUCCAGAAGGUUGUAUACCAGUACGUAUCAGUAAGUACUUGACUACCAAAAAGGUAUCACUUUACUUAGGUGCUGCUUAAGGCUUAGAAAAGCAUUGUAUAAAGGGCAUUACAACUCUUUCCGUCAUGCAUAUGAAGGCUGCAUAUGAAGGCUGCAUAUGAAGGCUGCAUAUGAAGGCUGCAUAUGAAGGCUGCACGUCGCUCUUAAGUAAAGUGUUACCAUAAAAAGUACUCCACCCAUAAUUCCAGUGCAAUGUGAUGUUCUGAUAAUCUCACUCCUCUCUAGAUGAACUGACUGACUAUAGAUAAUUAAAUUUUUUGAUUUAUUUGUAUCAUGUAAAAGCUAAGUAUUAAAAUUAUUGUAGAAAAUAACAUGAUAUAUCUUUAAUGGAACUGACAAGACAUUUUUCCUCCAAGUACUUAUCUUAGAGGAAGGUAUGUAUGAGGGGAGAAAAGGGACAGGGUUCUUUUCUUUCUAUGAGUGUGUGUGUAAAUCACCCCCCCCCUGGUGUGUGCCAACCAACCUCUUUAAACUGUGGUUAGGGCCAAUUUUGCUCGUCGAACAUCUCAUUCCCAAAUCAUGUGCGUUAAUAUGGAGUUGAGUUGGUUCCCCCCUUUGCUCUUAUAACAGCCUCCACUUUUCUGGGAAGGCUUUCCACGAGAUGUUGGAACAUUUCUGCGGGGACUUGCUUCUAUUCAGCCACGGGCAUUACGGGCACUGAUGUUGGGCGAUUAGGCCUGGCUAGCAGGCGGCGUUCCAAUUCAUCCCAAAUGUGUUCGAUGGGGUUUGAGGUCAGGGCUCUGUGCAGGCCAGUCAAGUUCUUCCACACCGAUCUCAACAAACCAUUCUGCAUGGACGUUGCUUUGUGCACGGGGACAUUGUCAUGCUGAAACAGGAAAGGGCCUCCCCCAAACUGUUGCCACCAAGUUGGAAGCACAGAAUCGUCUAGUGUCAUUUUAUGCUGUAGCGUUAAGAUUUCCUUUCACUGGUACUAGCCUGAACUAUGGAAAAACAGCCCCAGACCAUUAUUCCUCCUCCACCAAACGUUACAGUUGGCACUAUGCAUUGGGGCAGGUAGUGUUCUCCUGUCAUCCGCCAAACCUAGAUUCACCAGUUGGACUGCCAGAUGGCGAAGCGUGAUUCAACACUCCAGAGAACGUUUCCACUGAGUCCAAUGGCGGUGAGCUUUACACCACUCCAGACGAUGCUUGGGAUACCCCUGUUUUCAAUACCUCACCUUGCGACGAUAAUGGCACUGAGCCUUUUUCUAAAAGGCUUUAUGAGAUUAACAAAAUGGUUAAUUGACCACAAAAUCAACAUUUUGCAAUGGCCAUCUCAGUCUCCAGGUUUAAAUCUCAUUGAUAACCUGUGGUUUGAAUUGAAGGGAGCAGUCCAUAAGAGAAGAUGAAUGAUAUGCAGGAUCUGGAAAGAUUAUGUAUGGAGGAAUGGCCUAAGAUCCCUCCCCAUGUAGCCUCCAAUCAGAUAAAACAUUUUAGAAAAAGUCUCAAUGCCUUAAUACUCACCUAGUAAGGUGUUGAAAACGGGUGUCAAUGCUUUUGACCCAUAUCUUUUUUUAGAUAAAAACAUAUUAUUAUUACAUUUGUACAUGUGUGAAAUAUGACACAUAUAAGCACCCACCUAAUUAUUAUAAUAAUAUAAUUUCCCUUUUUUUGAUUAUACAAUAUAGCUCAGUAUUUGAAUUGUAAUUGUAAUCUUUAUCAAGGGUGCCAAUCAUUUCUGUCCCUACUGUAUCACUGACACUGGUUUCACUGUCAGUCAACCAGCAACAAACCUGCAGUCCUUUAACAUGGCAUGAAUCAUCACUGCGGUCCAAUCAGACCAUGGACCUCCUCACUCCAGCUAGCUCUGUCAGCAGAGGGGAGAACAAUAGCUUUGGUCCAGGGUGUUAGGUGUGGCUUACUGCGACAGCAAGCCACAUGUAAACGCCCUGGACAGGACCUAGCUGAACAAUAGAUCUUAGUUUUCUAAUCAUUCUACAACCACAGAAGAGGCUUUGUGGUUCUGAUUAGGCAGCUUGACUCCCUGCUUAAAAUGUGCUGUGUGAGAUAUCCCUCUGACCCCUAGACCCUGCUUUGUGAGCACUCAUCCUCUCUGCUUCACUCCUGAAUGAUGUAUUUUGUUCUGUUAACCUCAAGUUUUGCACUUAGUGACAUUGUAUAUUCAAACCGCCCCCCAAAAUAUAAUAUUAAUGACAUUUAAUGUAAGCUGACAAGUAUACUUUAAUACUUGAUAUAAGCAUGUAUGAGCCCUUAUUAUGUCUUAUUAUAAUAGUUUUACUGACUCAAUGGUUGUACUUUAGUCAGGAUUAUUAUGAGAUAAGAUGUUUAUAAGGAGGUCAUAUAGCAUCGUAAUGCAUUAAACCUGUCAUGUUACCAAUUUUUUUAUUUUAUUCAACCACAGUACCAUACAUAGGCUAUACAGUGUGCUUACAUAUUGUUUAUGUCGUAAUAAAACUUUAAAAGAG